AUGAAACGAGCGCUGAUUCUAUUCUCCUUCCUGGCUCUGCAGUCUGUGCAAUCGUUCCGCCAGCAUGCUCCUCCCCAUCCGCCGCCACGUUUCUCCUCUUCUGACAGCUCAUCCAUGAGCUCCGAGGAGGACUCGUUCGAGCAAAUGAUCAAUAGAAAGAAGUUCGUUUCUCCGGAUGAGAUGCUUGAGACUCAGAAGAAGCAACAGCCUCAGCCGAAGCCGCAGCCACCAAAGCAACCGGAAGGAAUGAAAAACAAAUUCUUCGAUCGUCCGUCCUCGGAAGAGCUUGAAGCUUACGAAGAGAAGGUUCAGCGCCAGAACAAGAACCGUGUGCGACCAAACGACGCUUCGGUGAUGAUCAAUGAGCAACCAGUGAUCGUCCAAGGACCAGUGGAUCCGGAGAUGCAGAGAAAGCAGAAAUUGGACGAUGCCGACGCGAAGAUGUUCAUGGAGGCGCUCGGAGAGAUCUACCUGCAGAAGGUGGACGACGAGUCUCGCGAAAGAGACCGCUUCCCGGCGCCAGCUGGGCCAAUGGGACCGCCCGGACCUCCACUCGACAUCGAUUAUUUCUACGUUCCGUAUGAGGAGCCUGGCAAAAAAGAGUCGAACAACAAUGGAAACAACAAUGUGCACGUCAAUGUGAACCAUGUCCAGGUUUGUCGAAAAUAAGUUGAGUCAGCACAGAAACGGUGGUCUCCAGGUGAACUCCAACGUCCUCCACGUUCCUGCCAAGGACGACAAGAAGCCAUCAGAGCUCCGCCGCGAGCCGGAACCACUUCCGAUGGCCCCUGCCUACCACUUCUCCGAGCCAGUCACCACUUCCAAGUACCUCUACUUGAACCUGAACAUGACUGACGUCGCGAUCCUUAUUGCUCUCGUCGCUGCCUUCCUUUUUGCCAUCAAGAAGGCGUACAGCCGUUGUUUCCCAAAGUAUGUCCUUUCAAAAUCCGUGUCUGCACACUUAUUCUCCAUUCCAGGAAGCAAGUGGCUCCACAGUUGCCGACAACUCUUCCGCCCACGUACACCCCGUCUACAGUAGCCGUUGAGACCACCUCGAAGAAAAUCCCGCAGUAA